AUGGGGCUGCAGAUGCGCGUGCAGAGGGCAGCAGGGCGCACGGGGCGCACAAGUCCGCAGGGCGCGCGGGGCGCGCAGGACAGCAGGGCGCGCGUGGCGCGCAGGGCUGCAGGGCGCGCGGGGCGCGCAGGGCAGCAGGACAGCAGGGCACGCGGGGCGCGCAGGACAGCAGGGCGCGCGGGGCGCACAGGGCUGCAGGGCAGCAGGGUGCGCGGGGCGCACAGGGCAGCAGGGCAGCAAGGCACGUGGGGCGCACAGGGCUGCAGGGCAGUGGGGUGCGCGGGGCGCACAGGGCUGCAGGGCGCGCGGGGCGCGCAGGACAGCAGGGCGCGCAGGAAAGCAGGGCGCGCGGGGCGCGCAGGGCUGCAGGGCGCGCGGGGCGCACAGGGCAGCAGGGCAGCAGGGCACGCGGGGCGAACAGGGCUGCAGGGCACGCGGGGCGAACAGGGCUGCAGGGCAGCAGGGUGCGCGGGGCGCACAAGGCUGCAGGGCGUGCGAGGCGCGCAGGACAGCAGGGCACGCGUGGCGCGCAGGGCUGCAGGGCGCGCAAGGCAGCAGGACAGCAGGGCGCGCGGGGCGCGCUGGGCUGCAGGGCGCACGGGGCGCACAGGGCAGCAGGGCAGCAGGGCACGCGGGGCGAACAGGGCUGCAGGGCAGCAGGGCGCGCGGGGCGCACAGGGCUGCAGGGCGCGCGGGGCGCGCAGGGCAGCAGGACAGCAAGGCGCGCGGGGCGCGCAGGGCUGCAGGGCGCACGGGGCGCAUAGGGCAGCAGGGCAGCAGGGCGCACAGGGCUGCAGAUCCCCUCCCCCCCACUGCUGCACCCGCAGCAGGGGGAUGGAGGAGAAGUGGGGGGCGGGGCGGGGGGCUGGUGCUGCAGAUCCCCUCCCCCCCACUGCUGCACUUGCAGCAGGGGAAUGGAGGAGAAAAGGGGGGGGGGGGGGGGGGCUGGUGCUGCAGAUCCCCUCCCCCCACUGCUGCACCCGCAGCAGAGGGAUGGAGGAGAGGGCCGCCACCCCCUUAACCUCGAAGCUCCCCCCCCCCUCCCAACACAAGGUGCGGCAGGGAGAGAGAGAGGAGGAGGUGGUGGGUGGCUGCAGGGAGAGGGAGAACGAAGUUGGGGGGGGGGGCGGGUCCUCGGGCGACGAGGCAAGGGGCGACGAGGCAAGGGGCGACGAGGCCGCGGGCGACAGGUCCUCGGGCGACGUGGUCGCGGGAGACAGAGCCGCAGGCGACGGCGCCUUGGGCGACGAGUCCGCGGGCGACGGGGCUGGCAACGGGCAGCGGUUGCUGGCAUUCGCUAACUCGCUGGUGGGUCUAGGGGCGAUGGGUGACGGGCCGGGCCUAGGGGAGAUUGGGCCGAGGGGCGACGGGCCUAGGGGCAACGGGGCCGGGGCCUAG